AUGGAGGAAGAAAAUACUUUUCUUACUAGUUCUCAGAGUAAUCAACUUCUCCUUCAGCCAUUAUCUCCUCUCAUAGUGCCAUUGGAGAGCUCUUUACGUGAAAAAAAGCAAAGUUUGCUCAUGCAACGUGAAGGCUUUGCUGGUCUACAAGUUUUCUGCUAUAAUAACGGAGGAAGAGUUGAUGAGAUGGAUUGUGCAACUGUAGAUGGAGAGAAGAGCGUAGAAAUACCUUCUUCUUCGUCUGCUAUGGAGGUUUCUAUUGGAAUAGUAAAAGGCCAGUGGACAAUUGAAGAGGACAGAAUGCUUAUUCAUUUGGUGAAGCAACAUGGAACAAGGAAGUGGUCUCUAAUUGCUAGGAAAUUUAUCGGUAGAAUUGGCAAACAAUGCAGGGAAAGAUGGCAUAAUCAUUUGCGCCCUGAUAUUAAGAAGGAUAGCUGGACUGAGGAAGAAGAGAGCAUGCUGGUUCAAGCUCACAAGGAAAUAGGAAACAAAUGGGCUGAAAUUGCAAAACGCAUUCCAGGAAGGACUGAGAACUCAAUAAAAAAUCACUGGAAUGCGACAAAGAGAAAGCAAAGUUCAAAUAAAAAACUUAGAAGAAAGGCCAUUCAUGGAGAUGCCGGUGCUUUUAAGCUCACAGCUCUGCAAGAAUACAUCAAAAGCAAGACUUUAAGCUUACCUGAUAUUACCCCAACUGCAACUUCCCCAUCCACUUGCCAUUCGAGCACAUCAAAUGAAUUCCUUCUUCAACCACCUCAGCCUGAUGAUUCUGAGCUCGCAAGCCAAAUGGUUGAGGAGUUGCUUUCCAUGGAAAAACCAGAGAUCAUGAGAGGUUUAGAUGAAGAAAAACGAGAUUUGUUGGGUUGUUCAAAAGUUGAGUUUGUUUCUCAGUUCUUGAAUACGGAGGAAAGCUUUCCUUCUCCUUCCAAUGUUACUUCUGCUGGUUUAGAGACUCAAAGUGGAAGUAACUUACAAUGGGAUUUCUAUAUAUCCAAUCUACUUACGGGACCUUCUCUUCCUACGAUAGAAGAGAUUGGGAGUUUUAACGCUGAUAAGGUAACAGGUGCUGAUGGUGCCCAGGCUUCACCUAUAAGAUCUGCAGAUAUGGAUUUGAUGGAGAUAUUACAUUGGCAUUUGUCACGUUUGCCGAGCAAAACUUUUGGCGGAUAUUGA